AUGAGAUACUCCAGGCUGCUGCUUCUCUCCUUUUGUGUUAGUCCUCUUGGUUCUCUUUCUGCACUGCUGCCCACAAGGGACAGUAAGGCCUACUUCGGGAAAGUAAUCCCCUUGCUUGCAAAUCCUCUGAGGACUUUCGAGCGGUUGAGGACCAAGAAUUGCCUCAAUAGCUGGGUCUGCCUUACUUCUAGCGGGGCUGCUAUGCGAGCCAAACGUCAAGACGAUGAAAGCGGAAUAACUCCUGUCUGCACCUUUCCUAUUAUGGAGCCAGAGAAACCCGAAAAAAGGGAUGAAAUCGGCUCAACGAAAAAAACUCCUAGAAAGGAAGAAAAGAAGUGUUUCGGUUUGGGUUCGCAGAAAUACGUAACCCGAUAUAUUAUAAAGGACAUCAUUGAAGACGAGUUUUGUACCGAAGCCUUCGGCCAGGGCGAACCGGACAAGAAGAGCUGCACCAUCAAAGGGGUCCUGGAUAAAGGCUCAGGGUCGGUCGCAAGGACGUAUCUUAAGGGAACGCCCGAAGAAGUGGACCUUGCUAUGGACUGGAAGCCAGGCCUAGGGCCAGAAAUGAAUGUCACAGAUUGCAGGCACAAGUUCAUAGGCCAGAUCAUCGAUGGAUGCGACGGAAAUGACAAAAACAACCCUCUGAACUGGAAGGGGGGCGGCUGGUUCAAAUCUGGAGGUAUAAAGUACCGUGUAACUCCCAAGAUCGUACGCCAGCCAGCCCGGAAGAAGCCCUGGGCGGGAUGCUCAUUCUACCGCGGAUCGAAUUGGUAUCACGGUGGCGUCAAAAUAUGGGGAGGCGGCUUUUCCAGUGGUGACUGGGGAAAGAGGGUGAAAGAUACGAUAGAACAGUGCCAUCGUCUAGAAAUACUCAAAAAGGGCGGAAAGAAGAGGGCGAAGAUACCUGGGAAGGGGGUUGGCAAAGGGAUUGGGAAAGGGAUCGGGAAGGGUGCAGCUGGGGACGGGGAUGAGGAUGGGGAGGGCGACGAGGGCAGGUAUAAGGCUGGAUACCGCAUAUUGGAUGAGAGCUGGAAAUUAAAGUAUUAUCUUGACGGAGGCGAGCUGGAGUGGGUAAGUGUCUUCAGGGGCGCAGUAGGAAUAAAAUGCAUCGAAGACUCGAUAAACCAGUCGCGCAUAGGCGUGGCGGGACUAAAAUGUUACAGAACCAAACAAGGGGGGGAUGAUUUCUUCAAGACAACGAAGGAUGAAUCAAGGAGUAAAUAGCAGCAGCAAUGCUAACACCAUAGUUCUCAGCAAUGUGGUAUGCACCCAAGCUCCACACUAUGCGGUGUUGAUGUAUGUGCUCCGGACCCUGCAAACUCAUAGGUUU